AUGCAGAAUGACGAAGGCCGGCCGGCCCAAGCAAGUCUCUGGAUUGAUCGGAAGUUCGGCAAGCACAUCCAGAAGAGACAGCUGGAAAUCCCGGAAUAUGCCGCCAGCUUUGUCGACUACAAGGCGCUCAAGAAGGAGCGCGAACUCGAGAAAGUUAACACAUUCUACUUGCAAAAAGAAGCAGAGUCAAAAGAAAAACAGCUCUACCUCUCGCGCGCCGUCGAGGUCCAACCAUGCUUCAACCGUGAAGUAAUCAGCAUAUUGUCCGACCAAGCGACUCAAGCGCUACUCGAUUUUUCAGGAUGGGCUGAAGGCGAGGGUGUACAGGCGCCUCAUCCUGCAACCGAACCACGCGUCUCCGAACCCGCGUUCGAAGCGAAGCUCGAGCUCGACAACCAGUUCGUACAAGCCAUCAACACCGCAAAUCAAAGCAAGAUCGAAGAGUGCCUCGCGCGUCUAUCGACUCUACCAGACGCAAGCGACCACAUUUCUAGAGCGUUCCUUAGCACUGUUGCGGAAGCGCCAGAGUCUGCAUUGAGAACUCUACUCAACUCAGGUCUUGUGAAUCUCCAGCAGGAGGAUGAGAUUAAUGAGCGAAAUUGCCUGCACAAGUCUGCGAUUAGUGGUCGAAUCGAAGUACUCAGGCUCGGGCUGUCAAGCAACGUGGACGUUCAUGCGACCGAUGUUUACGGACGGAUUCCUCUGCAUUACGCCUGUAUGCACGGCCAUGUAGAGCUGGUUCAGGAACUUAUCAACACAGCCUCUGAUACAGUCAAUUUCCGCGACCAGGACAGUUUUACACCUUUGAUACACGCGAUUGUGCAUUCGAAACUUGCCUGUGUGGAGAUACUCCUGUCUAGAGGCGCCGAUCUUACUCGUCUGGGGCCAGGGGAGCAUGUUCCGCUCAACCUCGCAUGCCAGUAUGCUUCGCUGGAGAUACUGGAACUUCUACUAAAAAGGUCGGCUGAAAUGCUUUCGGAUGCAGAGGGGCUGUUUCCACAACACCUGGUGGCGCGUUCAGGCAAGACACCCGAGGCGCUGCUGAUGCUAGAAAAGUAUGGCGCAGACCUCAACCAGCCUGAUAAGCUAUAUCAAUGGACACCGCUGUUUCAUGCGGCAAGUGAAGGGCAUGUAGAGUGCCUCAAGACAUUACUCCAAUGCGGAGUAGAUGUGGACAUUGUGGACGAAAAGGGUCUGUCUGCCAUGUACUACGCGACGUGGGAAGGGCACCUUGAGUGUAUGAGACUGCUUGCCUCCGUCGGACGCGGUAUUGGAUUGGCGAAGCAGAAACAGGUGUCCCCACAGAUUUCGUCGCAGCUAUCGAGCUCGAUGCCCGGAGCCAUGGAUAUCGAAGGCGACGCAGACGGUAUUCCCGAAUUCAUCCUACCGCCUCCUAUUAUUCCCUUCCGCAGAUAUGGACACAACUUCCUGGACACGAAGACGUUUGUGGUCAUUAGCUUUGAGAAGGUCGGCAAGGACGCGAUCCGGUUCUACGACGAGUCGAAAUACCCCGCUGCGAGGCUUACAAUUUCUUCCAAGAGCUCGGAUCUCAUACCGCGCAACAUUCUCUUACCCAUACAAGACGAGUUCAAAAUCAUCUCUUUCCAGAUCGAGAAUCUCGACACCUUCUCUAUCGACUUUGACGUAUAUCCUACAAUUGGAUCGAAAGUCAUUGCUCGCAGCGUAGCUUCUUCCAAGGUCUUUACGGAGCGUUCGAAGAGUACAGGGAGGUGGCAUCUCGAGUUAUUCGAUCCCAGGCUACGAGCAAUCGGCAGAGUUACGUUCGACUUCCAAGUCGUCAAGCCGUUUCAUGGUAUCCCGCUCGAGAUAACACAUUUUGCAACGUAUUGGAAAGCCACUAGUCAGCUCGACUCGCAACCUCAUACGCUCAUAACUGGCUCGAGCUUAUCAGGCGAAUACGUGCGCUUGUUUGUUCAGUUGACUGCUGACGGUAUCCCAGUGCUGCAUCCAAGAUGGAAGGUCAACCACCAUGGACUAGAAGUUCCAGUCAACAUCCUCACCUAUCAACAAUUCGCAGCUAUUGGUGCCCAGCAAACAGCUGAAGCGGCAGAAAAGCUUUCGGCAGAACUGAGCAAUACUGGUCCUAGUGAUAUAGCCAACAUUUACCAGAUUCUGGCGUCCUCAUUCAUUACAUUGAAUGAUGCACUAGCAGCGCUUCCAGCUCAUAUCCAUGUAGAACUGCACGUUCUCUUCCCAUCUAGGCUCGAAGAAGAAAGUCUCAAGCUUGGCCCGACGCUCGACAUGAACGCUUUCGCAGACAAGAUUUUGUCAGUAGUCUUUGAACACGCACGUCAGUUGAGGGAGCGAGGCGCAGGCGAGAUUGAUGACCCGGUCCUCCUCUGCAACGAGCUCGGCGCCGAUAGCCCUCGAUCGUCAUCCGAGAACACAAACAUUGUGCAAAGUAGUGGUCGCACCACUACGUCUGUAAAGGAGGCUGUGCAGAUUGCCAGAGACAACAACUUUAUGGGCUUGAUUUGCAGCUCGCGUCUGCUAUCACUCGCUCCUGCUCUCAUCGAAUCGAUCAAGACGGCCGGCCUCGUCCUCGUCACGGAUAUAACAGAUUCGUCUUCUGAAGGUGCAACACAGUCAGAGAAUAUCCACGUCGCAAACCCUCGCGGGCAGAACACACCCGAUGGAGUUGAUGGGUAUCUGAAAGGCAAUGGCGUGCUUUGCUUCAAUGAGACUGUCGAUAUGUAA